UUUAGAAAGUGAUUUAUAAUUUCUGCGUCUCUCCUCCUCUCCUCUGCGUUUGUUAAAUAUCAAUUAUUUAGUUUGGUGUGGCCACCGAUCCCAUUAUUCAUCGGCGAGAGGCUCUCUGUUUCUCGAUUCAUUGCAAGAGAGGAAGGGGGAGUUGAGUUUGCUUGUUUGAUUUGCCAGCCACAAUUUUGGAUUCCAGCCAUGGGUUGCUCCUUCUCGGGAUUGAACGCCCUAUACGACGCCGUUAAUGGCGGAGGCGAUGUCUGGAUCAACGAGAAUCGCUUCAGGAUCAUCAGGCAGCUCGGAGAAGGCGGAUUCGCGUAUGUGUUUUUGGUCAAGGAGGUUGUUCCUGACACUGCCAACUCUGGCAUUUCGAAGAAGAUCAAGGAUUCUUCUCACGUCUCCGAGGAUGGGACCUAUGCAAUGAAGAAAGUUCUUAUUCAAAACAAUGAACAACUAGAGCUGGUGAAGGAAGAGAUUCGUGUUUCGUCACAGUUUAAUCACCCUAACUUGCUUCCGCUUCUCGAUCAUGCAGUCAUUCCUGUCAAGGCCACACAAGAACAAUCCUGGAAAAACGAAGCAUACUUGUUGUUUCCUGUCUUAUUGGAUGGGACAUUGUUGGAUGUUUCCAAGGCUAUGAGAGCUAAGAACGAGUUCUUUUCUGUCUCAGAUGUGCUUGAAAUAUUUCGUCAGCUUUGUGCAGGAUUGAAACACAUGCACACUUUUGACCCUCCAUACGCACACAAUGAUGUCAAGCCCGGGAACGUUCUUCUAUCAUACAGGAAAGAACAGUCACCCCUGGCAAUAUUGAUGGACUUUGGAAGUGCUCGUCCAGGAAGAAAGCAAAUUAGAUCCCGCAAUGAAGCAUUGCAGCUGCAGGAAUGGGCAGCCGAGAACUGUUCUGCACCAUACCGAGCUCCUGAAUUAUGGGAUUGCCCAAGCCAUGCAGAUUUAGACGAGAGAUCUGAUAUCUGGUCAUUAGGAUGCACUUUAUAUGCAAUAAUGUACGGUGAGUCUCCAUUCGAAUACGCACUUGGUGAAUCCGGGGGGAGUCUGCAGUUGGCCAUUGUAAAUGCGCAAAUAAAGUGGCCAACGGGACCAAACCCGGGAUACCCGGAUGCACUUCACCAAUUCGUAACAUGGAUGCUGCAGCCUCAAGCCACAGUUAGGCCUUGCAUCAAUGAUAUCUUGUUCCAUGUUGAGAAGCUUAUUACAAAAUUUUCCAAUUGAAGGAAACACACAAAAGAAGAAAAUUCUUGCUCUCUCUUGCUUGCUUGCCAGGUAACAAAAACAGAUUUAAAUUAUCUAUAUAUUUAUUUAUAUAUAUAUAUACACACACACUCAGACACUAAAUUAAUGUUCAUUUUUGGCUGAAAAGUAUUAGUUUCAGCAUUCUAGAAAUUGCUUUUUUUUAUCUUAUAGAAAAUUAUAUGUUGUUAGUUUAUGGGAUUUCAUUUUGAUUUUUUUUUUAUCCCCAAAUAAUAUAAUUUGGCUAUUGUUAUACCAAUUUCUUCCCUC